GUAUUUGUUCAUUUCCAGAAACUGAUCAAAUGCCUUUUCUCGUGAUGCAGCUGCGGCCACAAGGCUCCAAAUGUUGACCCCCUUAUAUCGAGCAUGUUGGCAUAUAAAAAGCCAAGAACUGCUUCAACGCCAUGAAGCCACCCUCGGAGCCUUCAAGCCUAUUCCCUACUUCUCCGAGCUUGAUCUCGACACCAUGCCCCGAUUCCUGAUCAUCACAUGUGCGGAUCCUCGAUGCAUCCCAGAGAACAUCUUCAAUCUCCACACAGGAGAGGCGGUUGUUCUCCGAGUCGCCGGAGGCAAUGCUCAAUUCGUUCUAGAACAUAUACUCUCCAUCGACUCACUGGUGCACUUCACCGAGUGUCUGAUCGUUCAGCACACAGAUUGCGGCGCCACCCACUUCCGAGAUGCGACAGUCAAAGGGGGCCUCAAAGAGAGGGCUCCAGCCCUGCAACAAGACAUUGAAGGUAUGAAGUUUGGCGAAAUUACAGGAUCCCUGCAAGACAAUGUCAAGGCAAGCAUCGAUUUCUUGCGGGCCUCGCCAUUGGUGCCGAAAGAGCUCAAGUCGAAUAUCCGAGGCUUUAUUUUUGAUCUUAAGACAGGCGGUCUCGAGGAGGUGACGGCAUAAGAUUCAAGACGUUAUCAACGUGAGCUGG